CGCAGCUCACAUUUCAAAAUCCUCCCGAGCUACCGAAUCACUCCAUAGCUACCUGCCUAUCUUGCCUACGUCCCUAACUAAAAGUCCAGCGACGCAUCCUUCAAUCAUCAUCUUGUGGCUAUUCUCCAUCGAUUCUAUCACAAUGAAAUAGCCAGGCUGCUUAGAUUGCCAUACAAUGGUCCCCCAACGCACUCCUCAGCAGUGCUGCUGCCUCUCCAACCCUGACCAACCUGAGAGAGGCAAACCCAUACACAUCGCUAGAGAUUUCCCAAUCGAAGCUCUUGCCUUUUUCCGAGACUUUGGUGAUGACGAUGUAAUCGAAAUAGAACCUCCAGCAAAGCGCCGCAAACAUGAUGACGAGCCUCCCAUCGAGCUACACCAGGCCGAACUUGUCAUCUCAAGGAAACAACAAUCUUGCUCAGCACCAGAACACUCUUUCACAAGGUUGAUAGAUGGAGACUGCAUUAGGUUACACGAGUCCCGGGAACCCACCACGACAGCCCUUCUCCUGGGGCGGCCUCCUGAGGAUGGCUCGUUUUCGCUAUCGAUAGACAUGCCUAAAGGCAUACCCCAGGACAUAUCUGCCUUGAUCAACUUCAGCGACUCACUUUCCCGAAAACGCCAGGCCGGCAGGAUCAGACUCAAGAGCGAACUGUACUUUGCUGCUCAGAGCGAACAAGUGACCCUCCGUUUCAGGUUCACGCUGUUAUGGCAAUCAAUCACAACUUCCAAUGCCCUGCGCUCAUCUAGAGAACUUGUCCAUGCCCAUGAAGCGAGGCGAGCAAUCCUAUCAGCAGUACUUCCUGGCCUGCCCGUCGAGACUUCAGAGGGAUCACCUCAGGAAUUCUACAAAGCCGCACAUUCUACCAAGCCGGAGAUCUUCAACAUGUCCAUACAAGGACUCAAAGCCGUCUUAUAUCCUUUCCAGAGACGCGCCGUUCGAUGGUUGUUGGGCCGAGAAGGUGUACGCUGGGAAGCUGGAAGUGCCGCUUGGGCGACCGUUGCAUCUUAUGAAGCCCCUCGGCAAGUGCCACCUGGCUUCACCGAGCUCCGGGAUAUGCAUGGAAACAGUUUUUACGCCAGCGACUUACUGGAUGUGGCCACCCGUGACAUUGACUCGAUCCCAUACAGAGUAGACGCCAUCAAAGGAGGUAUCCUGUCCGAGGAAAUGGGGCUGGGCAAAACCCUGGAAAUGAUCGGCCUCAUUCUUCUUCACUCGGCACCUCCAGGUUCUGUUGUAGGAGUGGGUGAUAACGCGCAGCAACCCGAAUUGAGGCGUACUGGCGCUACUUUGAUCAUAACUCCCACAACUCUGCGCGCGCAAUGGGUUGCGGAGUUGAAAAGGCACGCACCUUCCUUGAGCGUCAUGAUUUAUCAGGGCAUGAAACAGUCGUGCGUUAACAGAAAGAAGUCGAUUGACGCACAAAGUGAAUCGGCAAUGCUCGAAAAGUUCAUGUCUCAUGAUGUGGUCAUCAUGACUUAUCAUGAACUAAGAGCUGAGAUACAUUUUGCUUCACCGCCCCCGGAUAGAUCUCGAAGACGAGAGAGAAAGUAUACCCGCCCACUCUCGCCUCUGGUGCAGUGUUUGUGGUGGCGAGUGUGUCUAGACGAGGCACAAGAGGUCGACUCGGGCGUGAGUAAGGCCGCCAUCCUCGCCCGGACGAUACCCCGGGUGAACGCCUGGGCAAUAACAGGCACUCCUAUAAAGGAUGACAUUAUGGACCUCAAGGGGUUGCUCAUGUUUCUGCACUGUGAACCCUUCACACAUUCUAGUAUAUGGGGAGAGCUCGUCCGUCGCAAAAGUGACUUCCACGCUAUAUUCAACACGCUUGCCCUUCGCCACUCAAAGCAGCUUGUCAGGGACGAACUUGAUUUGCCUCUGCAGAAACGAUAUGUGAUCAACAUCCCCUUCAAUGCGGUCGAGGAUCAGUAUUACCAGAGGCUCUUCCGCCGGUUGGUGAAGAAUUGUGAUCUCAAUGAGCAAGGAGAGCCCAUGGUCGAUGAUUGGGACCCCAAGGACUACACGGCUGUCAUGCGGAACUGCCUGGAUACACUACGCAAGGCAGCCCUUCACCCACACGUGGGAGCUGGGAACCAAGUGCUACCUCGAAAUCCUCUCCGGACCGUAAUGCAAGUCCUUGACCACAUGCUACUAGAAGCCGGAAGCAGUCUCAUUACCAAGCAACGUGCUCUCCUGGUCAACAAGAUCACCCAGGGUCAACUACUUGAAAACAGCCCCCGGAAGAAAGAGGCUUUGGAAAUUUGGCAGCAAGUCCUCAAAGAAACGGAACCUCUGGUGAAAAAUGUGCGACAAGAACUGAAUGAACAUCAGAAAUACGUCGAGAAGGAACGGAAGGAACGGCAAAAACUGGAAAAGCUUGUGAAAGCGAAAGCCGCCGAGAAAUCAGAUAGCGACUCGGAUUCGCACUCGGACUCUUCGUCCUCCAGCGCAGCUUCUUCUCUUUCCGAGUCCUCGUCUCCGGAAGCUGAGAGUCUUGUGGUGCGCUUGGAUAAGGUACGGCGGAAGUUGAAAUCACUUCUCGACAUCCAGUCUGAGAUGCAAAGAAAAUUGAGAUCACUCCUCGAGAUCGAGCACAAGGUUGUCUUUUUCAUUGGCAAUGCGUACUUCCAGAUCAAGAGCGACGAGGACAUGACCGAGCCUGACUCGGAAGAGUUUAAGCAACUUGCUGGACUCGAGGACCAAUAUUACUCUCGUGCGAAGAAGAUACGUCAAGAGAUACUGCAGGAAGCCAACCACAAAGCCACGCGUAUGAUGAACCGAAUUGAAGCUCGGGCAAAGAAGCAGGAUUUUGCCGUCAUCCCGGAGCUGAGAUGUGACUUGAGGCCUGGCGUUGAGACCAUGUCUAUUGUCGAUAGGGUUCAAGUGCUAUGCGAGACUCUGAACGAUCAAGCCAAUUGGUUGGAUGAAUGGCGUGAGCGGCUCAUUGGACUUGUAUGCAAGCCAUUGAUUGACGAAGAAGAAGAGGUGACUGGCGACGAAUACGGUGACUCUACCAAGGUUCAAGAGGAGAUUAUCGUAUAUGUUCAAGUCAUCAGGGCCACAAUAGCCGAUCGUCUAGCAGCCGUGUCCGGGCAACAGGUCUCGAAGCUUGUCAUUGACGAGACGCGAGUCUCUCUUGCUAACGCUGCGAAAGGGAAAGGCCCUGCCCCAGAGCUGCUGAUUGAGUUGCUUGCAUCUCGCGACAAGAUCGCACCGGGACCGGGUUCGGACUCUAUAAGGGGAUUCCUUGGGGAGCUGAGGAGUCUGGCGACAUCGCUGAGGUCGCAAAGCUCUGGGCGGGCGCAGCUGGAGUUGAGCAUUGUCGAGAAACUUCAAAAGUCGCUUUCCGACCAGUCUUGGGACCAGACCAAGGCUCUCAAUGCCUUAGAGUCGGAGAUUGACAGGUUCACAACAAUUAUGAACGCCCGCGUUGAUUAUUAUCGACAACUUCAGGCUAUCUCAGAUGAUGUUUCGCCAUUUGAUGUUAUACUCGACAAAGACGGCGAGAGGGAUGAAGCCGCCAUGACACAUGCUAUGCAUGUCUUGAAGAAUGAGGAGGAAAGGCUCGCUCAAAUAGUGGAAAAGGUUGGCACUGAACAUCGCUACCUGAUUAAUCUGAAGAAUGCUGGUGACAAAGAGGAAUCUCGCAUUUGUCCCAUUUGCCAGACCGAGAUAACCAAUGGGGUUAUGACCAUGUGCGGUCACCAGUUCGAUAAGGAUUGUCUAUUGGAAUGGUUAAAACGGGCCCCUAAUUGUCCCACAUGUAAACGCGGGGUGCAACGGUACCAGCUUCACCCAUUUGUCCUCAAGACUCGAGACCUAAAGCUUGUCGAGAACGAUGGCGAAAAUGGAGAUGACUCGACGCCUACUGAGGCAAACAGUGGCCAUCAGCCCACGAGAAGUGAGACGCAGGCUGGAAAUGGCAUAUAUGCGACUUUCAAUUCCCAAAAACUGGCUCAGAUCCAGUCCGUGGAGCUGGUACACCCUUCCUUUACGACAAAGGUCGACGCAAUUGUCCGGCAUAUUCUGUGGCUGAGACUGAGCGAACCCGGCGCCAAGUCAAUCAUUUUCUCGCAGUACACAGGCUUCUUUGGUGUUCUUUCGGCGGCCUUUACGAAAUACCAGAUUGGAUUCUCGUCCAUCGGCGAGCACAACGGCAUAGAGCGUUUCAAACAAGAGGCCGGGAUCGAAUGCUUUUUCUUGCACGCUCGCGCGCAGUCGAGCGGCCUGAACCUCGUCAACGCGAACCAUGUCAUUCUCUGCGAGCCACUGCUCAACACGGCCCUCGAGCUGCAGGCGAUUGCGCGCGUGGACCGGAUCGGUCAAAAACAGGACACCACGGUGUGGUUGUAUAUGGUUGAAGGCACCGUCGAGCCGACGAUUUACAACCUGUCGGUGCAGAGGCGUCUGGAGCACAUGGACCGCGUCAUGAAAGAAAACGCGGAUGACGGCUGUUUCAUGGACGAAAAGGCAGUCGAGGCGGCCAACUCAUUGGAGAUGCAGCAGGCGAGUUUGACCAAGCUGAUGCGCAAGGAGAAGGGCACUGCAGCCGGCGAAGAGAUUCCUGCCGAUGAUCUUUGGACGUGCAUAUUUGGGCAUGUCAAAAAGGCUGAGAACGAUGGAGAGGAAGAGGAAGAGGACAGGUUGCGGAAUGAUGUUGUGGUCAGGAGAAGAUUGUUGGGUGAUGCUGUGGAACAAAGAAUGGACGAUGAUGAGUGAGUGGAGUAGUGAUACAAGGGAAAACAGCACAGGGGAAAACGGUUACCCUCAUUGUCGCCAUUCACUUGUUGCCAAGCACAAGGAACAGCUUCUGGAAUAUUGUUUUUAUACUAUGGUGCUCUGGGCAAAAGUAACAGGCAGCGAGGCGUCUGUGAUAACUGAAUAUAUUAGGCAGGCUUAUUUGGGUCUGAAGUGCUCUUUAAAUCAAUACUAUCAAUACUUGUGAUUUUGGGACAUAAAUGUCAUAGUCAACACUUGCUCAG